AUGGAGGCACCUAUAACAGACGUCGAUAGGCUACCAAUACAGGAAGAUACUGCUCAAACGACGCAGCCUGCUGUGGAUGUUGUACCGGCUCCAGAGCCCAGCAUCCAACCAGAGCAUGUCAUGCCAGCAAACCCAGACGAAACGAUGGCCGAUUCUCCUCAACCCUAUAGCCAUGGAUUCAGCAAUGGGCAGUCCUCUCACCAAAUUCCGGCCGACUAUGCCCAAUCUGCACCGGCGCUAUCUUCGCACGAAGGCGAUUUUCCCUCGAGGUUCAGUUCGCCUACAAUGUCGUACCAGCAAAUACAGCAAGUUCCGCAACCAAACUCGCGCCCAGUAUCAAGUGGAGGUGAUAGAUAUGGAUACGCGCCCUCGCACUCCGAUCAGAACCCGCGACCGCUCGCUGGGCCGCAGAGUAAGAAUAGCGUGGUUAUCAAGGUUGGAAUGGUCGGAGAUGCCCAGAUCGGGAAGACAAGUCUUAUGGUGAAAUACGUUGAAGGAAGCUGGGAUGAAGAUUACAUUCAAACGCUUGGCGUGAACUUCAUGGAGAAGACGAUCUCGAUUCGCAAUACAGAAAUCACGUUCUCGAUUUGGGACCUCGGUGGCCAGCGCGAAUUUGUUAAUAUGCUGCCUUUAGUCUGCAACGACGCGGUUGCGAUUCUCUUUAUGUUUGACCUAACACGGAAAAGCACGCUAAAUUCCAUCAAGGAGUGGUAUCGACAGGGUCGCGGGUUCAAUAAGACCGCUAUCCCCUUGCUUGUUGGGACCAAAUACGAUCAUUUUGUCAAUUUUCCUCGAGAAGACCAGGAGGAAAUAUCCAUCCAGGCAAAACGCUUUGCAAAAGCAAUGCGAGCGAGCUUAAUUUUCAGCAGUACAAGCCACAGCAUCAAUGUGCAAAAGAUUUUCAAAAUUGUAUUAAGCAAAGCAUUUGACCUAAAAUGCACGAUACCCGAAAUCGAGAAUAUCGGCGAGCCACUGCUACUAUACCAGAACGUCUGA